AUGGCCAAAACUUGUCGUAGAAUCGAAGUACUAAUAGUCAAUGGUUCAGAUAAAGAUCGUGGAAAUAAUUCUGAUCAAGAAGAAAUAAAAAACCUAAUUACGUUAAUUACUAACCAAAAGGCAUUACGAAAGCUUGAAUUUCAUGAUUUUUAUGUGCAUGACAAUUCUAUUGUUUCUGCUUUAGGCAAACAUUCGCAAACUUUGGCUUGUUUAGUUUUCCAUUCUGUUACAUUUGUGUUUAAUAAAAUGGAUAAGUUAGAAGGAAUAACAGAUUUGGAGAAUUUACAGCACUUGGCGUUUAAUGGCUGUAAAAAUGUAGAUGAAAAGUUAUUGGAACCGUUGCAUGUCAAACAGUUUCCGAAACUAACAGAACUUGAUUUCAGGCAUACACGUCCACCACCUUCAUCCAUGAAUACAUUGAUUAACAAUUAUGGUCAUGUGUUACAAAAAUUAUAUUUAGGAACUUUACAAUAUCAAAAUCAAACAGAUUCUUGCAUACAAGUUGUCCGUAAUAUUACCAAAAAAUGCACAAAAAACUUGGAGGAAUUUUCGAUAACUUUUACAAAUCAUUUAUUAGAUUGUUUUCUUUAUCUAUUGGAAUCGUGUACAAGACUCAAAAAAUUAAUUAUAACCGGAUCUUUUGAGUAUACUUACGAUUCGCUUUCACUUAUUGGAGCCAGCAUACCGGAUAGUCUAAAAUCAUUGAUAAUUAGCACAGAGUGGGAUAGUGAACUUGAAAAUUUGGAGGAGUUCUUUGCAAAAUGUGAAGCUGGAUUAGAAUAUCUGUUCAUUGAAAGAUUACCGUAUAUAACUGAUAAACAUAUUGAUGUUAUAAUGAAGCAUCAGGGAAAUACGCUAAAGACGUUGAAAAUCCUGGCAUCUGAAAUAAAUAUUUCUGAUGAUGUAAUGGAACGAGCCAAAAAAAAUAUAGGAGCUGUCAAAAUUAGAACAAAUGACACUUUAUUAUAUGAAGAUUUUGAUAUUCUUUCAAAUCGUGAGCUGACAGGAAUACCAUGGAAGGAAAACUG